AUGUAUAAUAAGUAUAGGUUAUAUCUUUUAAACCAAAUUAAUCCAACUGUUAACACAUCUUCAUAUAAACAACAUCAAUUAAAUAAUGAUCUUUAUAAGUUAAAAAAAAUGGAAAAAAAUAAAGUGCUUUUUAACAAAGAUGGCAAAAUGGAUAUUCUAAGCAUGGACACCCUAAAACUGGCUGAUGAAAUCAAAACAAAAAUAAUUGCGCAACAGCUUCACACAGUUUUAGUUUUGUAUUUGCAAAUAUUAAAAGAAAAAAAGAUCCAAGAGAAAAAUAUCAAUGAUGAUAUUGGACAGUAUAUAGAAAAUGUUAUUACCUCGGCACUGCAAUUAUACUCACUAAUAGAAAAACAAACAAAAGAUCGAAAGAAAUGUUACAUAAAAAAAAUUUGUCAAUUAUGUAACACCUUGUCAAAUAUAUUAAUAGAGUAUAUAAAAAAUAUUAAGGGAAUACCAGUUGAACAUAAUUCAUCUAAAAUAAAUGAAAACAAUCAAAAAUUAUUAAUAAACUGUUUGGAAAAUUCUAAGAAAGAGUUGAAAGAAACGUCUACGAGGAGUACGGAAAUCUCAAAAGAGAAAAAUGAAAAUGUGUUUGAAGGAACAUGUGGAAACAUAAGCACCGUUUCAUAUCCUUGUGGUUAUGUUCAUUCACAAGAUAUGAGAAGAAAAAAAAUUUCUUUACAGAAUGAGUUUUCAAACGGUUAUCGCUUAAUGUGUUUAUAUAGUGCUCAAGAACUGAAUGAACAAAUGAAUUAUAAUAAAAAAGUAAUAAAAAACAGUUUUAAGACCUUUCAAAAAAAAUACUGCAACAUAAAACUUCGUGAUAGAAGAGAACUAAUUUAUAAGUUUGCAAAAAUUUUGGAAAAUAAAAAUAUCCAGUUUUAUGACAUAUAUUAUAAGAAUGUUAAAGGAAAUGUCGUGAGUAACCAAAUUAAUAAUAUUGCUCAAGAAUUUCAUAAAGAUUUAUAUGAUCAUGGUACAUAUAAUAAUAGUAACCAUAAUAGAACUAAUGUGGACGAAAAAGGUAUAAGCCAUUUAAUUAAUAUUCUAUUACAUACAAAUAAAUCAAUAACUACAUUUGAAAUAAAUUCACAAGGAAAAAUUGAUGCAGUUAUACAAUUUUUACAAGAAAAUGGAAGAAAGAAAGAUAUCAUAUUAUUAAAUGAAUACGAAUAUUUUUUUACUAAUACGGAUGACUAUGAACAGAAAGAUAUAUAUAGGGACAAAGAAAAUGUUAGAUGUAAUAACAAAAUGAUAAAAAGAAAUUUUCAAAAUAUUGAUGAUAGGAAUAAUACUAAUAUAAAAGAAGAAAAAGAAACAAUUUAUUUUUAUGUUGGUAAUAAAAAAAAAAUAGUAUUUGAUGUAGAGAAAAAACAAAAGAUCGUUUACGAAAUUGAUGAGAAGAAUUCUUUGUUAACCAAAAAAAAAUUUAUAAAAGAUAAAAAUAACAAAGAUAUUUUAUUAAAGGUAUACAAUGAAAAUGAUUGGUCUGAUGAGAACAUGGAAUUUUGUUAUAUUACUGAAAAAAAUGAGAAAGAAAAAAUUGUAAUUCAAAAAAACAAACAUGGAAAAAAGAAAACAGUUUAUACAAAUAAAAAUAAUGAAUUAGAUAAUAAUGUAAAGGAUUUUAAAUUCUAUAAAAAAAAUAUAAAGAAUGUGAAGGAAAUACAUUUUUAUGAUGAUGAAGAAGUCAUAUUAUCUUUGCUUAAACAAAAUGAAAAGAGAAAAAAAUUAGAAGAUAGAAAAAAUAAUUAUGAUAUUAAAAAUAUGGAAAACAUCAUAUGGAACGAUGAUAAUAUAUCAGUGUAUGAAAAAAAUAAAAUACAAUCCAUAUGGAACAAAACAAAAAAUAAUUGGGCAAAUGAAAAAGAUAUGUAUGUAUUAGAACAUAAAUAUUUAGAAAACAACAAUGAUGAGAUGAAUAUAGAAUCUUUAGAUAUAUAUGCAAAUAUUAUCAAAACUAGAAAAGAGUUACUUUUAAAAAAACUUUAUUUGGAUAAUCAACAAGAUAUAUCUUCAUUUUUAAAAAAAGAUGAUUAUUUUAAAAAACAUCGUAAUAAUACAGGCACAAACACAUUUGACAAAUGUGCUGAUGAUUAUAAAGAAGUGUAUGAGAAAAAUGUUAAGGAGAAUAUGGAAAUUACUAAUAAAUAUAUUGAAAAUAAGUUUGAUAACAUAAAAGUGAUAAAUGAUAAUAAUAAAAAAAAUCAUUACAGUUAUAAUAAUUAUAGAAAUAAUAUUGAAAAUAAGUUUGAUAACAUAAAAGUGAUAAAUGAUAAUAAUAAAAAAAAUCAUUACAGUUAUAAUAAUUAUAGAAAUAAUAUUUUUUUGGAACGUUAUACAGAUCUUUAUUUGGAACCAAAGAAAAAAAAUGAAAAGAAACAAAAGAAAGAUUAUACUAUAAAUACAAUGAACACAUUAAUAUCAGCAGAUGAUAAAAAAAUAAUAUCAGAGGAACAUGAUAUGAAUGAUAAAGAGAAAAUAAAAAUUGAAGAUUUUCUUUUUAAUCAAUAUUUAAAAAAGGUAAGUGUUAGUUCACAAAGUUUAAAAAAAAAUAAAAACCAACAAGAAAAAGAAAAAGAAAAAGAAAAAGAAGAAAGAAAAAUAAAGAAAAUUACGUAUGAUACAAUAAAUAUGAAAGAGGAUGAAAAUGUAGAUGUAAAUGUAGAUGUAAAUGUAGAUGUAGAUGUAGAUGUAAAUAUAAAUGUAGAUGUUGAUGAUCAAAGAAAGAUAGAUAAUAAUGAUAAUAUUAUAUCAAAUGAAAAAAAUGAUAUAUUACAAAUUGAUGACAUUGUAAAUAAAGAUAAAAAAUACAUAGAAUUUGAUAAAUAUUCAAAAAAUUGUGAGACUAAUAAUAAUUUAUUUAUUUGUAAUAAUCACAAAGAUAAUAUAUCUGAUAAAAAUAAUAAAAUGAUAGAUAAAAAUUUAUUAAAAAAAAAAAAAUCCGUAAAAAUGAAUUCAUUUAAUUCUGACAAAAAAUUAUAUGAUAGUGAUAUUUCAAAUGUUAUGGAAAAAAAAAUAUACAAUGAAAGAAAAAUUUCUGAUGAAAAUAUUAUGAAGAAUCAAAGGUAUGAAGAUGAUAAAAAAAGAAGAAAAUAUUUGAGUGAAGGAUUUUCUGCCUAUGUGCACAUUGCAUUAUGUGAAGAUACUAUAAUAAGCAAAAAGUGUAUCAUAUCUUGCAACGUCAACACUAAAAUGUUGAAAAUAAAAAAAAAUGAUAAAAUAUUUACCAUCGAUAUGAAUAAGCUGGAUGUACAAGAAAUACCAACAACAUAUGAUAACUUAGCUAUAAUAAAAUUAAUUAUUAAAAAAAAAAAUAAUAGUAAUUCGAACUGUUUAUUGGUUGAAUCAAAAAAUCUAAAGGCCUUACAAUAUCUUGGCGAUGAAAUCGGAUGGAACUAUGACAAGACAGGCUAUUCAACGGAUCAUAAAUUGGAUGAUCAAAAGGAAAAGAAGGAAAGGAAGAAAACGGAUGAUGGGCAUAAAAAUAAUAAGAGCCAGUUGAUUGAUAAUAGCACAGUAGGAUUUUUUGAUAAAAUAAAACUAAACAAAUUUUUAGGAAAAAAAAAAACAGAGGAGAAGGAUAUAUAA